AAAAAAUGUUUAUAUUGAUAAUUUUAUAAAUAAAAUUUUAUUGUUACUAUAAAUUGAGGAAAUUAAAAUGGAGGACUAUGUAGAGACAGGAAGUGAUGAUGAAGUAUCUAAUAAUGGCAGCCCUGUGCAAAUUAACGAUACGAGACGAGAAAUAAUUGACAGCAAUACAACGCAGUCUAAUUUACCACAGAAUCCGACGAGAACGCGAUCAAGAUCACCGGUUGUACCUAUCAGAGAAAGGUCAUGGAAAAGUGUCAAUGCUUUUAUAAAUUACCUGCAUGACUAUCGAAAGACCCAGCAUGAAUUCCCUGGUAAAUUAACCAGUGCUAAUUUAUUUAAGCUCGCGGGUGACCAAUGGAGGCAAAUGACUCAAGAACAAAAACAGCCGUACAUUGAUGGCGCUAAUAAAAUAAGAAAACUAAAAAAUUUGGAGCGCCAGAAAAAUAAAGACAAGCAACAGGAAAAACCCGCGCCGCAAUUAAAAACGAAGAGGGCUAGAAAUGCAACCAAAAUUAAAAAUUACAGAGAGUUCGAUGACUCUAGAGAGAAGAAAAAACGGCGUAAGAACAAAGACAUUCAUUACAAAAAUGUAAUAAUUAAAAAUAUAUCCGACUCGAGUAGCGACUCAGACAACUACGGACGUAAAUCGAGCGACACGAGUAUUUAAAAUCCAAAUUUUUCGUAUAAUUAUUAAAAUUAUUCGUGUUUUUAAAUAAUAAAUUUGAAAAAUUACCAU